AAAAACAUGCCAGUUUGCAAACAGAACUAACCUGAUACGUAGUUCUGAACACUUUCUUGACAAUACUUUACUAUAUCAAUUUUCCAACAGCUGUUUAACAGAUAUAAUGAAUGGUGUCUUUGAUCGAGCUAAGAACAAUAUUCUUAAAAAAUUAAUUUUAACGAAUGUGCACUUGCAAAAAAUAUCAAAAAACGCUCUGUCCGGGUUGAAAAACUUGGAAACAUUAUAUUUAGAUCAGAACCAAUUAGAAAACAUUGCUUCUGGUGUUUUAAACGGUUUAAAGAAUUUGCAAUAUCUUAAUAUUUCCAGAAAUAGGCUUGCUGGGUCUUUGGAAAAACAAAAUUUUACAGGCGUCGGAAUUGAAUUAAAAACUUUAGAUUUGAGUUUUAAUCGUAUUGAGUUCAUAAAAAUUGAUUGCUUGGAAUGGUUUGCUGAAUUACGCGUUUUUAACAUCUCUCAUAAUCGUUUAACAACUCUGCCUUCGUUCACUUAUAAUGUGAACUUGAACCAUGUUAUAAUAUCCAACAAUAAUAUAAUUGAAAUUGGAGAUAAUACUUUUCCGAGAAAGGAUAGUAUGGACUCAAUUGAUUUAUCUUAUAACAACAUAUCAAUAAUAUCAAAGACUUCGGGAUUACAUUGGUACAACAUGAUAUCAAGCCUAAAAUUGGAUAACAACUCUCUGAAUGAUAUAAGCACAAUUGUACGAAAUACUAAAAUUAGUCAAUUAUCAAUUAAAAAUAAUCUUAUUGAUAACAUCACAUGUGGUUCAUUCUGCUCAGAAUUAGAUGUGAGUCAUCUAAAUUUGACUAUUUUAACGAAUAUUUCUUUGUGUAAUACUGGAACAGUUUUUAAGGCAUCUCACAAUAAUUUGAAACAAAUGCCAAUAUGGACAGGCAUGGAGAUGGUAAAAAUAGUUGAAUUGCAGUAUAACAAAAUUUCAAAAAUACCUUUAGGAACUUUCAAAAACUUUAAGUUUUUAAACUAUUUGAGACUGGACAAUAAUAAAAUUGCAUUUUUAGAUACUGGGGUGUUUUUUGGCUUAGGAUCUCUGUCAAGUUUGAACUUGUCUUUUAAUGCACUCUCGACAAUUGAUCACCACGUUUUAUUUGAUUUGAGAUUACUGACAACUUUAUACCUCGAGGGUAAUAUGUUGACAACCUUGCCUAUUGAGGAUAUAUUCAAAGUAUUACCUAAUUUAGAAAAUUUAGGUCUGAAUAAAAAUCACUGGCAUUGUGCAACAUUAAUGUCCAUAUUGCAAUUUAUGAUGGGUCAUGGAAUUAAGCAUGUUCAUCAUGAAUCAUUGAUUGGACAUGUUCCAAAUUUGGGUGGGAUUCGUUGUUGGCCUGAAAAUAAAACUGAUAUGAUAUUUGAUAAUAGCACUAAAAUUAGUGGAACAAGUGGAAGUACUAUUUUGACUGGAAUCACGGAAUUUACGACUGUGCCUACUACAACCAGGAAUGUCACUAUCAUUCCAACUGUGGAAGAUGCAGUGAAGUCUACUACACCAAAUUCUUUAUCAACGACUACAAAACUGAUCAAACCAACUAUGCUUUCACAAAAUACUUCCUCAACUCAUUUCAUAACUUCAACCAUCUUUAAUAAACCAACUGUAACUUCAACCAUCUUCAAUAAAUCAACUGUGACAAAUUUUGGAGCAUCUGGAGAUCCAUCGAAACAAUCUGAAAAAUUGUAUCAAGAUCGUUUACCUGUGAUGGAUGAAUCCAUCAAAAGAGUUGAAGCAAAAGUAGAAUCUGGAAUUUAUGAAAUAAAAAAUAUAUUUGUAAUUCUUGUAAUUCUUGUAGCAUGUGUCUUAUGUAUACAAAUUUACAAAUUUUAUAGCACAAACAUCAGAAAACGUUCUCAUUUAAUUGCAAUGAAUACAAAUCAACAGCCUUUAACAGCAGAAAUUGAAAUAAUCACGGAAUUUACGACUGUGCCUACUACAACCAGGAAUGUCACUAUCAUUCCAACUGUGGAAGAUGCAGUGAAGUCUACUACACCAAAUUCUUUAUCAACGACUACAAAACUGAUCAAACCAACUAUGCUUUCACAAAAUACUUCCUCAACUCAUUUCAUAACUUCAACCAUCUUUAAUAAACCAACGGUAACUUCAACCAUCUUCAAUAAAUCAACUGUGACAAAUUUUGGAGCAUCUGGAGAUCCAUCGAAACAAUCUGAAAAAUUGUAUCAAGAUCGUUCACCUGUGAUGGAUGAAUCCAUCAAAAGAGUUGAAGCAAAACUAGAAUCUGGAAUUUAUGAAAUAAAAAAUAUAUUUUACGGAAACUACAUCGAAAAUCUGGAAUUCGUCGAGAGCAAUUUAACAGAAAUAACUAAUGGUGUUUUUGAUCGAACUGAGAACUAUGAUCUUCAAAUUUUAAGUUUAAAGGAUGUCCACUUAAAAACAAUAUCAAGAAACGCCUUCUCCGGUUUGAAAGCGUUAGAAACUUUAAAUUUAGAAGAGAACCAACUAGAAAGCAUAGUUCCUGGUGUUUUAAACGGUUUGGACCAAUUGCAAUAUCUAACAAUUUCUAACAAUUUGCUUGCUGGUUCAUUGGAGAAACAAAAUUUUACAGGUAUAGGAAUUCAUUUGAAAGCCUUAGAUCUGAGGUUUAAUCGUAUCGAAUUCAUAGAAAUGAAUUGUUUAGAGUUAUUUGAACAAUUAAGAAUUACAGGCGGUUUAUUCUGCUCAGAUCUGUAUGUGUCUGGUUUAAAUUUGACGCUUUUAACAAAUAUUUCCUUGUGUAAUACUGGAAAAGUUUUCAAGGCAUCUCACAAUAAUUUGGAACAAAUGCCAAUGUGGACAGGCAUGGAGAUGGUGCAAAUUGUCGAACUGCAGUAUAACAAAAUUUCAAAAAUACCUUUAGGAACAUUUAAAGACUUCAAAUUUUUAAAUUCGUUAAGACUGGACAACAAUAAAAUAGCAUUUUUAGAUACUGGGGUGUUUUUUGGUUUAGGAUCUCUGACAAGUAAUAUGUUGACAGCCUUACCUUACGAUGAUCUAUUUAAAGUAUUACCUAAUUUAACAAGUUUGGGUCUAAACAAAAAUCACUGGCAUUGUUCAACAUUGAUGUCCAUUUUGCAGUCCAUGCUUAGUCAUAAAAUUAGCCAUGUUCAUCAUGAACCAUUGGAUGGUCUCGUUCCAAAUUUGGAUGGGAUACGUUGUUGGCCUGGAAACAAAACUAACGUAAUAUUUGGUGCCAGCACCCAAGUUAUGGAUAAUGUAGUAAAAACAAGUGAAACUGCUAUUUUGACAACAACCAAACAAUUUACCUCUGUGCCAACAACUACCAGGAGUGUCACUAUUGUUCCAACUGCGAAAGAAACCAUCAUAUCAACUACAGAAAGCAAUUACUUUCCAACUUUUGCAUCAACGACUUCAAAAUUGAUCGAACCAACUAUAGUUUCAAGAAGUGGCCCAGAUAAUUCACCAUCAACUUCCUCAACUCGUUCUUUGACAACUUUAGGUGACUUUUUUCAACCAACUAUUACAAUUUUUGAACCUGCAGUAGAACGUUCGAAACAGUUUGAAAAAUUGUAUCAAGAACGUUUAAUUAUGGAUGAAUCUAGCAAAAAAGAUGAUAAAAAACUAAGUAAUAUAGAAUCUGUUUAUAAUAAGCAUUUUAGAAAACGCAGACAAGCUGUUAAUAUGCCUAUAAGUCAACAGCCUUUGUCAGACGAAAUUGAAAUUUAG